AUGGGCGCCCGCCUCUCCCAACCCCGCGGCCCAUCCGGCACAACCGAAUCCUCCGUCCCCUCCAAACCACCACCCCCACGAACGCCCAAAAACCCCUUCCCGCGCCGCAUCAACUCCCGCACCAUCGCCGCCCCCGCCGCGGCCUUCACAAUGGCGUUGAUCCUCUUCGUCUACACGCGGACGUCGAUUCGCGCGGCGAAGGCGAAUGCGCAGAGACAUCGGGAGGCGGAUACGGGUGGGGAAGGGCUGAGCUUGUUGAAUGAGAGUCGGAGGCGGCAUGGGAUGCAGAGGGGGGUGGAGGGGAGUGGUGGGGGGACUGUGGUUGAGUUGGGGAGGGAGUUGGUUGGUGCUGGGAGGGGGAAGAGGGGGGAUGCGCGUGAGGGUGAGAGGGGAAGGAGUGAGGAGGAGGAGAGGUUGAGGGCGCUGAGGGGGUUGAAGAAGGGAGGUGGUGGUAGUGAUGGGGAGGGAUGA